UGGAACCUAACGUCACACAGCUCGUCGCUGAUUGGAGGAAAGUGGAGGGCGAGUGAAAUAUAGUGCAGCUCAAACCGUGUAGCCCUCAGUGUAACCGACCAAAGACGAGACAGCCAAGGAGACGUAAAGUGGAACAUUUCUCAACAACUUGUGCUUUUGUUGGACUAUACUGGGACCUCAAAAACAAACUCCUGCCUGCCUGAGGAAACAGUAACUCCCCGCACCGGUUUUUUAAAUCUCUGCCAAGCUAACGUUCAACGACUUUUUCAUAAACUUUAACGCUACCUAAAAGAGAAAAAAGGACAACCAUGCUCAGCCUCUGCCUCGUGUUGAUUUUAUCUGCCUCCGUUUUUUCAGAGUCGCAGGCGAGGGAGACGGAGACAUGGGUGCCCAUGAAGACCACGCAGACGGUCGCCAUGUCAACGCGCCACGGCGACCUCGAGUCGUCGGGAGACUCCCCGAACGGCUCGGACUUUGGCUUCACGGACGUCGAAGACAACAAAAACGCCGAGGACAGCGACAGCGACGACUACACUGAGACGCUGUACGACGAUGAGGACGAGUACGAAGGCUCCACGGGAUCCGGGGACGGAGCAACAACGGUGUCGCCUGUAAUGGAGUCCAAGCCAUCGGUUAAGCCCGACGUGAACGACAACAACAUCCCGGGGGCAGAGCGCCCGGUGCGGCCGACCGUCAACGAGGUAGACAUUGUGCGGAAGAGUAACGAAAUCCACCAGCAGUCGAACGAGGCGGCGCCCGGCGAGGACCAGCUGUCCAACGUCCUCAUGGCCCACGCCGCGGAGGACAGCAUCUUCAACAAGACGGAGGUCCUCGCAGCUCUGAUUGCGGGCGGUGCCGUUGGCCUGAUGUUCGCCGUCCUCCUCAUCCUCCUGCUCAUCUACCGCAUGAAGAAGAAGGACGAGGGCAGCUACGACCUGGGGAAGAAACCCAUCUACAAGAAAGCCCCCACCACAGAGAUCUACGCAUAGAUCCUCAUCUCCUCCCAGCCAACACACACACACACACUCUCACACUCACACUCUAGGGCUGCACGAUAUGAGGAAAAUAUGCAAUAACAUUG